CUGAGAAAAUCUAUCAAAACAUAUGCAAAUGAAACAGUUGAAAAUUUGUCGGAUGUAGCUAUUUCUUGUUUAAAAGCUAAAGGUUUCACCUGUGCAGUCAUGUCUGACUCUAGGAGGUGGUGCUCAUCUCCAUUUCUUAGCCAAGGGAAGCGGGGAUUGUCCAAAGACGCUUCCAUGGUCAUGUGAUCAGCAUGACUGUUUGCUGAGAUGUACAGAACACUUAAUUUCCCACCAAAGUGGUACACAUAUUUACUUGCUUUUGCAUGGUUUUGAACCGCUAGGUUGGCAGGAGCUGGGGCAAAUAACAGGAGCUCAUCCAUCACGCAAUACUCAGGUCUCAAACCUAGAUGUCAGGGUUCCAAGUAACACCUCCAACGAAAUCAAAACUCCAAGGCAGGCAUUUUCCUUAAAGCUUGAAUUUAUUAGAGAUAUCAUAUUGACACAUCUGAGAAAACCCAAAUUUGAAGCCCCCGGCCAAAAUAAAGUCCAAGUUCCUUCCCCUGCAUCCACAUGGUGCAAUCAGGUCACUGUCCCAACUGAAGUUGACUCCCAGUCAUGCCUCCCCAGGCGCAGGCUGAAUGUCCUUGACUCCCGAUGGAAAAUAUGUUGUUAUGGCUAUACACCCCACACUGUCUCCACUCCCCCUCCCAUUCCCACAGCUUGCCAUCCACCGCUAUGGGCAGCCCUGAAGAUUUCAAGUUAAAGAUGUUUCCAGGGCUAACGCUAGACUUUCCAGCUGAUAAACUCAGCAUCCUUAACCACUGAGCCUUGAACCCCACCUCCCUCCCCCAUUUUUGUUUAGUGACCGUAAUUGGAACCAACAACCUGAUUGUUAAGCAAACUGGUCACUAAGUAAAAUUGUAACUUGUGCUUAUGAUUUCACUUCGGCUUUCCUUUACUUUGCACACAUGCAAAGGUUGUAAAUACAAGGAUUGGUUAUAAAGUUACUUUUUCUUCACUGCCCUAAUUGCAAAUGGCCCAGGCAGUCCCUAAAUGAGGACUACCGCACCUAGCAGUUAAACUCCACCUAUCUUUCAGUAACUCUCAAGCUGAACUACCUGCCCUCCAGAAGCAAACAGAAAAGUUAUUUUUUAGAAUUGUUUUCCUGAUUAGGAUUUUAGUCAUUCUAUACCUCACCAUUUCAUGAUGCCACCUCGGAGUAACUUACAGUAUGAAUAAUAAAAAGGAAGAUAGAAAGUUUUUUUUUUAAAAAACACAUUAGAAACAAAUAUAAGGUUCACCCAUGCAAACCAUUUAAACAGAAUGCUAUAAAAACCCAUUUAGUACCACAGUUAUUUGAGUCUAUUUUGCAGAGCAAUUCGUGUUAUAUUCAAUUUAUUUUCCUCCUAAAACUGGUUCUCUUUAGGACCAGUGAGAACUCCAGCUUGUGGUCAAGUUAUCUUCCUUUUUUUCCUAGCCAUUUGUUCUUCAAACUCACUUGUGGGGAGAUGUGGAUGAAGAAAACAAGAAGCCAUGAUCAAAGUCAUUUCCUGCUCUUAUCUUUGUCACUCUGGACCAAGAGAUCAAAUGACUUUUAAUGCCACUUGAAGAGAGGACAUAGGUGAGCAUUAGCCCCACCUUCUUCAUCUAGGAAAUUAUUGCUUUUGAAUUGAGAGGAAAGGAAAACUGUCCUAGUGAAAAAUCUAAGGAGAAAACCUGAUGAAUUUGGCACCAAAGAAUCUUACACCACUACUUUUGAGUUCCCAUUUGGGCAUGUCUGAAGGCUGCCUGUCAUUUCAUCAAGCAAUAUUCCCUAGGAGACGUGAAAUCGACAAGAAUUCUGCCAUUUUCUCCUUCUAAACCAAGCAACAGAAAAAAAUGUUUCAGAGCCAGCCCACCAUCAAACUCCACAUUGCCAGCAUCCUUACUUCUUCCCACCUAGAUCAGCCCCCAGACCGGCAGGGCAUCCUUUAUAAGAAAAAUAAUCGCACCGCUUCCUAUCAGCGCUGCUGGUGUGAACUCCGUGGAAAUCUUCUUAUCUUCCGGGAACAGCCUGGAGACCGGGCUCCUAGUCAGCUCAUUGUGUUAGAAGGCUGCACGGUGGAGUUGCAGGAAUCCACCUCAGAGCCUCAUACUUUUAAAAUCUGCUACCCUGAUGACUUGCCUGACCAGUCCUAUAAGAUGGCAGCUGAGGAUCAAGAGACCAUGGAAGACUGGGUGCGAGCUCUGAGCACAGCGGGAUUCGAAUACCUCCGAGCGUUGGUUACUGAGUUAGAAAGCCAAUUUCACCGGUUAAAAAGCCAACAAUACUCUAAGGAAGAAGCAAGCUGCAAGGCAACAGACCUUCCCCUACCGCCUCCGAAACCGGUAGAACAAAGAAGAUUCUCCCACAUGGAUUUUGCUUGCCUCCAUCAGGAAUUUGGGAAGGAUGUCAAAAGGACUAGGAUAAAGUGGCAGGAGAGAAAGGGGAAGCAUGUCCCAGAAACAGAGAAUUCGAUGCAUUUUAAAUAGGACAAUCAGCAAUCCCCAAACAUUUGGCUGUGACCGAUGGAAUUUGGAGGCACCUAAUUUCAGUUUCAGUGGAGUCAGUAUCGGUGAAAAAGAUCAUUCUUGUUUUGAAAUAUUGGUUCUUUAAACACUUUUAAUAAAUAUGUCUUUGGAAAAAAUCGAGAGCCGGAGUUUUUUGACUGAAAUGCAGCAACAUUCAGGAAGAACAAGAGCUCUUCUUAGGAAAGGGACAUUUGUGGGUUUCUUAUUGUGGGUCUUAAUUACUCCACUGUCUAGUGAACAAAAUCACCCACCAGAAUGAAAGAGUGGUUCCCUGCCAGGAUCUUUUCCAGGAAAAGUCAAAGUACUGUUUUCCAGUAAGGCAGGAUUGGGAUCCACAAAUACUGCAGCUUGAUCUACACUAGACAGCAGGGGCCUAUUACUAACAAAAAUGACCAGUGUCAGCCCUGAAGCUAUUUUGGAAGUAUCUUCAGGGCUGCCACAGCCAGGCGUGUUGAAGCUGUGGGGACGUGAGAUAGAGAUAGCUGACGGGGAUGUGCAGCCAAAAUAGCAUCCUUUCCUGUGGGAACCAAGGACGUUAUACCAGGUGCUGGAAGGGCUUGGACAAGAGCCAGCUGGAGCUGAGACCAUGAUCUGAUUGGGCCAUGUGAUGGACUUGUGACCUGGGGGCAAGAAUUUGGGGUUUUGAUUUGGGUGAGGAAAACUCCGGGUCCUUCAGAGUUGGGAGGUCUUCACUAGCUGUGCCAAUAUGACAUUCCUAAUAAAUUCACACUUUGAGGAAAUUCUAGGCCUCAGAGUUUUGAUUUCUUUGAGUCUGUUACUUGGAACCCUGACACAACAUAGCCACCGGGGUGCUGUGUCAUUAUUAAACAAGUAUUAGCCAUAGUGAUAGUACUUAAGGCUUAUAUACUGCCGCAGGGCUAUUAGUUUGAGAUCAAAAAUAUCCAGGUUAGAGGAUCUUCUCUGGCCUGCUACCAAAUACCACUGUAGAUAAACCAGGGAUGG